GACCAAUCAGUCCAUUAAUAUCUUCCUUCGCGGCCGGUCCCGAUAUAAGUUGCUUAUAAUUUAAACAAUUUUUCAUAGUCAUACACCAAAAUGAAGGUCAUAAUCCUAGUUACGAUGACUGUCCUUGUAUUGGCUACUGCUAAUGCUUUGCCGCGAAUAGAUUUGUAUAAAUUAGUGGUUUCCAAUGAUAUUGACAAUUCCGAAGCAAUGGCCGAUGACCAGGAACUCAGCAAGACGGCUGUGGUAUCUCAUAGUCUGUACAUUCCUAUGGAAUUAAGGGGGUGCAACAACAGCGGAUGUGAUAGUGUGUGUAGAGCGCUCGGUUUCAACCAUGGCAGAUGCGUGUCGGCGGACACUUGUCGUUGUUAUAAUUAAAGAUGUAAUUAAUUCAUUACGAUUACACAAUUGACUUUUUUUUAUGGAAAAUAUUAAAAAAAAUCUAUAUAUGUUUUUGUGAUUAAAAAACUUUUGUUCCGUCGCUAAGUGUAGUGAUUGACAAUUCCUUAUUUCGUAACAAUACCCGAUAGCCAAAUCUAGUCCCAUUAGAUUUUUUCUUUUUAACAAAAAAUAAUAAUAGAUUAUUAAUAAUAUUCCUCCAUGUAAUGAUUUCAAAGUCUAACAAUGUUUGUAUUCUUAUUUUAUGUUUUUCUACUUUAAUUAAAUUUGUAUGAUUCUUAAAAAUU